AAAAAAGAGAAAGCAUGUGUGUGAAUAUAAAUUUGGUAGAUUGUGCAGAAAACGAACAGCACUCAUUCUUCUCACCGUAGAUCCAUGGCCGACGAUUUCGAUUUCGCCGACAAAGUCCCUCCUUCCUUCGAUCGCGUGGGAAAUGCUUCAAAAGGGUUCAACCCAGCAUUAAUUGUUCUCCUUCUUGUUGGUGGGUUGCUGUUGAUAUUCCUCGUUGGAAAUUAUGUACUCUACAUAUAUGCACAGAAGACCCUCCCUCCAAGAAAAAAGAAGCCAAUCUCAAAGAAGAAGAUGAAAAAGGAGAGACUGAAGCAGGGUGUCUCGGCACCUGGAGAGUAGACUUUUUCCUCACUUUAUAUUCUGUCUCUGUGAUCUUUAUUUUCUUCUUCUUUUUUUUUUUUUUUUUGAAAAGGGUGUCUCUGUGAUCUUAAAAUGUAUACUCUUAAAAUGUUUUCUUCUUGUGGUCUCUGGAGUUAUGUUAAUGUUUAUCUUUGUCCUGUGUUCUACUGACUGAAAUCUUGACCACAUAAAUUAAGUACUUUGGCAAAUAUUCGGGACAAA